CACAUACAGCCAUACCAUAAAAAUAUUCCAGAGAAAUACAUACAUUUUCGCUAUAGCGAGUUAAGCACAUUGCACAUCUCAGGUGCCACAAUCGCCUUCUCCCUUUUACCCUGUUGUGUUGCUGUGCUUGAUCAACGCCUGGCGUUCUUGAAUAUCAAAAUGCAACUUUUUUUGCAAGCAGAACAGCUUCAUUGUGUUGAGGUCGAUGGCCAUGAAACUGUCGCCACACUCAAACAUUUGAUUGCCCUUAGAGAAGGCAUAUCAGUUGAUGAUCAGAUUCUAACCUGUGGAGGACGAAUUAUUGAAGAUGAACUAUCUAUUAACGAUUCAGAUCUUCAGAAUCUGUGUACCCUUGAUGUCUCGUCAAGGCUUCUUGGAGGUAAGGUCCACGGAUCCUUGGCCAGAGCUGGAAAAGUGAAAGGUCAGACCCCAAAGGUGGACAAGCAAGAAAAGAAGAAACAGAAAACUGGACGGGCUAAGAGGAGGAUGCAAUAUAACAGGCGUUUUGUCAAUGUAGUACCAACAUUUGGCAGAAGGCGUGGACCUAAUUCCAAUUCUUAAGUGGUAUAUUCCAUAUUGUAAUAAAAUGGUGUGAUCCAUUUCAAUA